AUGCACAUCAACGACUUCCCCUACGAAGUACUCAUCCAGAUCCUUGAGGAGGUCACCAAGGCCAAUAUACGUGAUGGCCCCACGUAUACAUUUGGUCUCCAGCAGGCGCCACUGCCUCUCGAGAGGGCCAAGCUCCAGCGCUAUGUGAGAGGCCCGGUCCCGCCAGAGCUCCUCAAGUGGGACGCAACUGCCACUCUACGAUCCGUUUGCUGGAAGUGGCACGAGUGGGCUUUGGAGCACUCCAUCAAGGACGUCUACAUCCGUCGCUGGAAGGGCGGAGAGCGAUGGGCCGAACUUUCCAACAGGCGAGAGAGCUACCCACUCUACGAGCUCAUUGACCGUCCGACUGGCACAGCGGUCUACCGCGACCCCUUCGCCUCUCUCAAGCGGACUGUGAGCAUCUGCAAUGACUACCCGCAGGUGGCCGCCAAGAUCAAGCGCAUGUGGGUGCACGGCUUCUACACCGCCGAGACCGACCGUUUGGUGUUCCAGUCGCUCAAGAACUGCACCAACAUCACAUCGCUCUCUCUUCCAUGGACCACCAUCCGUCACGUGGACGCCAAUGCCUGGCGGGCUGUGCUCACUGGUACCGGCAAGCCACUCCAGUCGCUGGAACUUCAAUGUGUCGACCCGACUUCGCAGCAAGCAACAGACAAGGAUAACAUCGUUGAUGUGGAACCACUGCAGUCGGUAAACUUCAGUCAGCUGCGGCGGCUGAAGAUCUUUGGCGACACUAGCUUCAUGCCCAUCACCGAUGAUGAUCUUUUCGCCAUCGCUCGCACGGCCACUCAGCUGGAGGAAUUCCACUUGACCUGCAACUCCUCCAUCACCAUCGAUGGUGUCAUGGCCAUUGUCAAGGCAUCUCGCAAGACGCUCCGGGUCCUGGAGCACAGCCCGCGGUCACAGGAUGGCUUCUGGCACCCGCAUCCGGGAUCACCGAGCGACUGUGAGCAUCUCUGCGACACGUUCCGGAACUGCCCAAAGCUCGAGACUCUGUCCAUCUCUCUCCCUUCUGUGUGCUCCCAUCUCUUUUCCAACGACAAUGCGAAGUUCGCAGGUGACCUGCAGGUACGUGCUCUGCACUUGUGCGAGCACGAGGACGGCCGCUCUACCCACGAAGCUACCGACGCCCUGCAGAAGCUUCUUGAGCAAGCCCGUCGCUUUAUCCGCCUCCGCGCGCAGAGUGCCAUUCCUCGCGAGCUGUACGUUGAGCUCUUCUUUGCAGAGUGCAUCUUCGAGCCCGGCUUCCAAUCCGUUCAUGGCGACUUUUCGCUGGCGCAGGUCUCGUCAGACGGGCACUGGCCACAGAACGUCGAUUUCAGCGGCAAGGGACCCUACGGCAGUACCGGCCUUUACGGAAAAGAGGAGGAGGCGCAGUUCCAGCGCAUCGACGAAGCCGAAUUCCUAGCCGGCGUCCGCAGGAGGCUCCUCUCUAUCCAAACCUGA